AUGAGGACGAACGGGGAGACUGCGGCCAACAGUGCGAAGUAUCGGUUUUAUGAACCAUUGGAGCCCACAGGUUUGGUAAUGAAUGAGACAUUAAUUGUGGGUCAAGCCGAGGAAGUUCCGGCGGAACCAAUUUCCCGGCAAGUGGCGGCUACUGGCACCCUAGGAAUGUCAGAGCAAAAAGGAACUAUAAACGGUCAAGAAAUUAUUUUGCCCCCCGGAACUAAUUUGCCGAUUGCUGGUCUCCGCGAGAAAAUUAUUGCUUGUGCGGAAAAAGGAAUUAAUAAAGUAGUACUCUCUAAAUUUCAGUCCUCUCCUAAUCUUUUAGUCAAAAAGGACGAUUUAAACCCGACAAUAGAAUUAAAAUUUCCUGAUUAUCAAGAAGUAGUUCCAACUGAAAUUAAGGCCAAAAUAAAGAAAAUACAUUGA